AUGUCCAAUCAUCAAGUUCGGGAGUCUUUAUCUUUUGCUCUUAAAUUUGAGGAUGAAAAGCACUAUGUGGAAGCCUUUGCUCAAUACUUGUGUUGUAUUGAUUUGAUUACUUCGCAAUUGAGAGAACUCACCAUUCCGAUGAAUAUUUCUCAUAUUGAUUUGUAUUCUCAGGAAGUUCAGUUGAAAACGGAUCAAUUGUUUUAUUUUGCAAGAGAGUGUUUGUAUAGGAGUGAAUUAAUAUUCAAUGAUAAGAGAUCGUAUUUUGGAGGAAGAGGAGGAGGAAGCGUUAGCAAUGAUGGAAAAGGUCCCAUUAAUGAUUCAAAGGAUAGCCAAAAAGAUUCAACCUCAUCAUCAUCAUGGCUCUAUAAUCCAAAUGUAUCUUAUAACUCUUCUAACAUGUAUCCAUCGGUAACAAAUCAAAAUUAUGGAAAUAUCGGAAAUGGAGGUGGAUUGUUAUUGGGCGAGAGUUUGCAUAAAACUGAACAGAAAUUCCAAAGUUUCAAAAUGACAGCCUCAACGACAAUUUCUACAGCUCCGAAAUCAUCAGAAAUUAAUAUUCAAAACUUACAAAAGACGAAGACAACACCACCGAACAAAUCUACCACGCAAUCAAAACCUUUAGAAACAAUGGACACAAAUAAUAAUAGAAAUUUAUCACCAAGAAGAACUCCUCCACCCUUGAAAAAAAGUAAUAGUACGCCAUCAUCAGAAUUGAAAUCUAGUUCGUCUUCAACGAGCUCAACAACAAGUAAUGCAAGCACAAGUCCUAACAAUAUUGUAACAAGUUCUUCAAGAGUACCACCCAAACUGCCCUCAAAAAUGUCUGCAAAAACUUCAGAUAUUACACCUCCGAAAACUUCCUCUCGAAGUGAAAAUGUUCAACAAGAAACCCCCAAGACACCUCUUAGUGAUGAUGUUCAAAAAAAGGAGGAUUUAACAUUUGUGAAACAACAAAUUGCUUUUUACGAUUCGAUCAACAAAAACCAUGAAAACAAUAACUCAGCGAUACGAAAAACUAACUCUUUUUCAGCAGCCAGCCUGUCACCAAGACAAUCACGUCCUUCCUCAGAAACGACACAAACAACUUCUAGCGAAAUCAAAAACAGCCCAUCUGUAGCUACUCCUAGAUCAGUUUCUAACAAUCGGUCACAACGCAUAUCUGAAGAUUUUUCGUCAACAAAUUCAUCACAAACAAGCAACCCCAGACUUUCACUCCGUUUGACCACAACAACUGCCAAAGAUUUGUUAACUUCUCCACGAGGAAAUCCAAAAUCAAACGGUGACCAUAAAAGAUCUCUUUCACAACGAAUGAUCAGUAGUAUCAGCAAACGAGAUUUAACAAACAAAUUUUCAGAAGAAGAGCACAAAUAUUUGACAUUUGUAUUUCACAUUAUAGAUUCACAAUCCAAGGAUAGUUAUUUAGAUCUGUGCGAAUUUACACAACAUUUAUCGCUGUUAGGUUUUGACAGAACCUUUAUGUUUGACUUUAAUGCUCCGUAUCCCACCAUUAAAAAGUCCAAAAUACAGCCAACAUUUGCCGGGCGAUUAUUUAAUGCCUUAGAUUUAAAUAAGAGUGGCUCUAUUGAAAUAUUUGAUUUCAAAGAGUCUGCUUCAAUACUCUAUUCUAAUGUUGGGGUUGAGGAACAAGCAAAACUUGGAUUUAACAUUUUUGACAGGGACAAUGACGGAGUGGCCACAAAACAAGAUUUUAUCACAGUUUUUCAACAAAUUUUCUCAACCCUUGAUUUUAUGGGCCUGUACAAAAACGCAACGACAGAUGGAUCCAAUUCUCCAUUCAGUUUUCUACUUGUUGGCCAUUCAGAAAUUUUGUCUCACGCCACAACUAUUGCAGAGAAAAUAUUUUCAGCCAUUGAUCAAUCGAAUAAUGGCUCAGUUACUGUUGCUGAAUAUUGCAAAGCAUUGAAAGAGAAUCCAUUCUUAAUAUUAGGAUUUUCACAAAUACCGAUUAACGACUUGUUAAAAUUCAAGCUAACCAGAAAUUUGUCACGAAACGGAGGCCAACCUGUUUUUAUCGGCCAUCCUUCGUUCCACAAAGUUUUAUGCAUGAUGGUUGGAAUUCGUCUUGCACAAGAAAUAAGACCAAUUAUUUCAGGAGCACACUUAACGGAAAGAGAUUUUAAAUUUAUGAACACAUUUGAAAUAACAUCACCAAAAUUCUUGAGAUGUAUCCAACCACCAGCUCACUAUAAUCUUGAUGAUCCCAACACCAAGUACAUUGACGAACAGACAACAUUUACGGAUUGUGCUCCUCUUGUUUUUAAGAAUAUUCGAGCUCUCUUUGGAGUGAGUGAAGAGGAAUAUGCACUUUCAUUUGGACCAGAAAUGCUUUUCAGUAAUUUAUUAAUGGGUAAAUUGGCAACACUGAGUGAACGUUUGACUGAUGGAAAGAGCGGAAAUUUCUUCUUCUACACACACAACGGACGAUUUUUAUGUAAAACAAUAUCCUCAGCUGAAUUUGAAACGACCAUGGAAUUUUUAGCAAACUAUUAUUCAUACUUGUACAAUAACCGAGAAACCUUAUUGACCAAAAUUUAUGGACUUUACAAAAUUAACGAUAUUUGCUUUAUUGUGAUGGGUAAUGUGUUCGAUACACAGCUUCCCAUUGACAAAAUUUAUGACCUUAAAGGAAGUACCAUUGGAAGAUACAAUUCUACAGGCCUUGGAAUUUUAAAAGAUUUAAAUUGGAAAGAUUCAGACAAGACCCUCCAUAUCGAUCCCAUGAAAAAAGAUCGUCUCUUGAAACAAAUCAUGGACGACACUAAAUUUUUAGAACACAAUGAAAUUAUCGACUAUUCCUUACUCGUUGGAAUUCAUGAAACCAAAAAAUUCCGUGAAAAACCCAUUCAUUACAAAGAUCCCAUCUAUUCUGCCCCAAGUCCCAUUCGCACUUUUUAUCAAGAAGACUAUGGAGGAAUGCUCUCCACUCACAACAAUGGAGAAGAAAUUUAUUUUGUGGCCAUUAUUGACAUUCUCAUUCAAUAUGGAUUGAAAAAGAGAGGUGAGAAUUUAAUCAAAACCAUUUACUUUGGUGAAGAGAGUGGAAUUAGUGUGGUUGAUCCGAAUAUGUAUGCUGGACGAUUUUUGAAUUUUAUUAAGAGUAUUGUGGAUUAA